AUGGGCGAGCACCCCAGCCCGGGCCCCGCCGUGGCCGCCGGCGCCGAGGCGGAGCGCAUCGAGGAGCUGGACCCCGAGGCCGAGGAGCGGCUGCCCGCGGCGCCGGAGGACCACUGGAAAGUCCUGUUUGAUCAGUUUGACCCUGGGAACACGGGCUAUAUCAGCACAGGCAAGUUCCGGAGCCUCCUGGAGAGCCACAGUUCCAAGCUGGACCCACACAAAAGGGAGGUGCUCCUGGCUCUUGCAGACAGCCACGCGGAUGGGCAGAUUUGUUACCAGGAUUUUGUCAACCUGAUGAGCAACAAGAGGUCCAACAGCUUCCGCCAGGCCAUCCUGCAGGGCAACCGCAGGCUGAGCAGCAAGGCCCUGCUGGAGGAGAAGGGGCUGAGCCUCUCGCAGCGACUGAUCCGCCACGUGGCCUAUGAAACCCUGCCCCGGGAGAUUGACCGCAAGUGGUACUACGACAGCUACACCUGCUGCCCCCCACCCUGGUUCAUGAUCACAGUCACACUGCUGGAGGUUGCCUUUUUCCUCUAUAAUGGGGUGUCGCUGGAUCAAUUUGUGCUGCAGGUAACCCAUCCACGUUACUUGAAGAACUCCCUGGUUUACCAUCCUCAGCUCCGAGCACAGGCUUGGCGCUACCUGACGUAUAUCUUCAUGCAUGCAGGGAUAGAACACCUGGGACUCAAUGUGGUGCUGCAGUUGCUGGUGGGGGUGCCCCUGGAGAUGGUGCAUGGAGCCACCCGGAUCGGGCUUGUCUACAUGGCUGGCAUUGUGGCAGGGUCCUUGGCAGUGUCUGUGGCUGACAUGACGGCACCGGUGGUGGGCUCUUCUGGAGGGGUAUAUGCACUCGUCUCUGCCCAUCUGGCCAACAUCGUCAUGAACUGGUCGGGUAUGAAGUGCCAGUUCAAGCUGCUGCGGAUGGCUGUGGCCUUGAUCUGUAUGAGCGUGGAGUUUGGGCGGGCUGUGUGGCUCCGCUUCCACCCAUCAGCUUAUCCUCCGUGCCCUCACCCGAGCUUCGUGGCACACUUGGGUGGCGUGGCUGUGGGCAUCACCCUGGGUGUGGUGGUCUUGAGGAACUAUGAGCAGAGACUGCAGGACCAGUCACUUUGGUGGAUUUUUGUGGCCAUGUACACCAUCUUUGUGCUGUUUGCCAUCUUCUGGAACGUUUUUGCGUACACCCUGCUGGAUUUGAAGCUGCCACCGCCACCCUAA